AUGAAUGAGGAGUGGGGAUGUUUAAUAGGUCUUGGCAAUCCGUCGAUAGCACUGCAAGAGGAAACGACAACAAUUGGUCGAGUCCAUCAAACAUGUCUUAAAACACAAACGCGAAUUAGUUCUUCUCAUUGUGUGAUUUCCCAUGUGAAUCUUCCCGCGUACUCAGUUACUAACAUCACCGACACGUCAUCCAAUGGGACUUUUUUGAACUGCCAGCGCCUCAAUAAAAACGUUGAAACGACGUUGUCGUCGUUUGAUUUUGUACAGUUCUUGGACUCAACACAAAAAGAAGUCCAGCGCUAUAUCUUUUAUGAGAAGAGUGCAGAGAACUCCAAAUUUCUUAAGAAUUACGAAUUUGAGAAUUACAUAGGGGCAGGGUCAUUCGGGGUGGUCUAUUCAGCACUCAAUAAAAUAACAAAGGACCUCGUCGCUAUUAAAAUCAUCUCAAAAAGUAAAGCCGCAGACUCUUUGGAGUUACUAAGACGAGAAAGUGCGACGAUGAAGACUAUCUGUCACAUUCACGUUGUAGCAUUCCAUCAGGAGGUCGAGACUGAAACUCACUUUUUUAUAGUGAUGGAGUACGUUCCUGGAGUUUCAUUAGAAAAAGUGUUUGAGUCCAAAUUGAGUGAUUUAAAACUUUCGGAUGAUCAAAAAAUUCUUUUUCUUCACGAUUUUUUUGAAUUAAUGCGGGACCUCCACGCAAAAAAUAUCGUCCACAGAGACUUAAAGCCUGAGAAUAUUAAAAUAGAAAUUGUCAAGCAAAAAUACGUCACUUUUAAAUUAAUGGACUUCGGGUUCGGAAAAGAGGCUGCAGAGUUGACUACUACACUCUGCGGAACUCCUAUGUAUGUCGCAGUCGAAGUCUAUACGAAUGCAAUGACACAAGGCUCACACCCUUAUAAUGCUAAAAAAGUCGACGUGUGGAGUGCUGGAGUUAUUGCGUAUCAGUUAAUAACUGGGAAACACCCUUUCAUUAAGUCCGGCGAGUGUGUUAAAGACUUUUUUAAUCGUGCAAAACACUCGACUUUUGUGGAGUCAAACGAAUUCAAAUUGUUGGACGAUAAUUUUAAAGAAUUGUUCAAAGAAAUGUUAUGCGCUGACCCAGAAAAAAGACCAACCUUCGAGCAGUGUCUCAAACUUACCGUUUUUGGAAGAAAAAGGGAAUGUGAAAGAAAUGAAAAAAGUCCAUUAAAAAAGUGUGAAUAA